AUCAAGUUACGUAAUACGCAGUACAGAAGCCUCUGCGUAGUAGGCUACGUACCAGAAAUAACGUAAGGUUCAUAGUACUACCACACAACUUCAAAUAUAGUUAUUCACUGUGAGCUAAGUGUACUCUCUGUAAACUAAUGUUGUUCCAGAGGGAACACAUGUUUGAUGUCAGUCUUCAGCUUCUCUUCCUGCUGACAUGUGGAGUUACACUGGGACAGGAAGCCGGUGCUGUCAGAGUGGUUGUUCCAGAAAGUAGAGAUGCUUUAUUACCAGUAUCUAUCGGCAGGGACGCUGAAAGAGAUUACUUUGAAUGGAGGAAGGUCGGUCCUCGAGGAGAAACUCAGAACGAGGUUUUCAAGUAUGAUGCCAGCCUCCAUUACAACAAUAACGGUCUUCCAGGUCAGAGUGAGCAGUUCAAAGGACGAGUCUCAAAUGUUCUCUACGAACUGAAGAACGGCAACGUCUCCAUCCUCAUCAGAAACACGACAGCAGCCGACAGCGGAAACUACACCUGUUAUUUUUCACGUCUGCAGCGUCCUCAGACAUUCUACUUUGAGCUGGAUGUUGCUGCAACUCCAAAGCCGCGCGUUAUGAUUCUCAAUACCACAGCAGACCGGGCCCUUCUGCAGUGUGAGGUUCCUGGUGCUUCUCUAAACACUAAAGCAGAGUGGCAGAGCGGAGAUGGAAACAGACUCCAAGCUGAGGAGGAACGAGUCCCAGAGAAAGACCACGUCUUCAUCUCUCUCAGCGUUAAUGUGACCAGGACAGACCACUACCUCUGUGUGGUCUCUCAGGAGGACAUCAAGCAUUGGGUCUCUGCUCAGAUCUCUGUGCACGUCAGUGAGAAAGAGAGUGAGGACAGCUCAGGGACCAUGCUUAUUGUUGGCAUCACUUCAUUCGUUUUGGGAGCUGUAAAUCUUGCUGCAGUUCUGGCUUUGCUUGUAUUUGCAAAGCGCAUCAAAAUACUCCACAAUAAAGAUUCUGCUCUGAAGGGAGAAGAGGAGAUCAACCUAUCGUCUAACGGGACAAACGGUCCUGUUAGAGAUCCUUCAGAGGAGCCACUGAGGCCAGUCCAGAGUUAGCGUUACAUCUGAUGAAAAGGUGUGUGAACAACCUGAGUUUCCUGAGUGAGAGGACAUUCAGGUCCUCACCUGGUGCAGACCUUCAAAAGCCUUUCUGAGGGACCAGUUAGAAUUAUGUUGAUGUUAAACAAGAGUUACUCCACAUCUGUGGCUCCUGCUGUAAAACUUCCCCAAAGAUGAAAAGAACCUAACCUCUUUUCCACACACCUCAUCGGUCUGAAACAUGCUCCUAAAGUUAAAAAAAACGUCUAAAUACUUGAAGCUCGUUCUAGACGGAUGUUCCCAGAGGAAUGAAUCCACUUCAGUUUGAUCACAUUCAAACACGAAGCUGUAAAAUAUCCUGAAACAAUAUAUUAAAAAGAAGAUAAUUAAGUUAAAGGUAUUUUGACAGCAGCGUUAUUUAAGGGAUUAUCUUAAAGGGAAUCUAUUUAUAAAAAAA